UUUUGGUCUUCAUUGCAAUCCUGUUACAGGAAGUUAAAAUUUGGCGGGAAAGUUACACAUGUCCAUCUGCUGUAAAUAAUUUAGAACACACGAUAUUUAGAGCUAUGCCUCUAUUAAAAUAUGAAGGGGUUCGGUUGAAUAACAACAUAUCAUGAUGCCAUAAGAUUGAAAAAUGGAUUUUACAAAGAACUGCAGAUUGAUGGGGCAACCCUAUGUGUACAAGCAUGCCACUAACUUAAUCAAGACAUUAAACAAGCAAAGAGAGGAUCGUCCUGAUCUCUGUGAUGUUACUAUCAUUAUUGAAGGAAAGGAACUGAAAGCCCACUGGUGUGUUCUUAUGACCUGUCCUUAUUUUGAAUCAAUGUACAACAGUGGAUUAGCAGAGAAAACUUCAGGAAAAGUCACCAUCCAUAUAGGAAAGACAUAUGCAGUAGAGAAUGUAUUGCAAUAUUUGUACCUUGGAAAUAUAGAGAUGUCAAUGUCUAACUUAGAAGAUAUUCUUGAAGUUGCUGAUUAUUUACAGUGUUUUGACCUUAAAAAAUUAUGCAAUGAAUUUCUAGCCUCGCAACCAAUGGACUCAAAAUCUUGUGUCAAGAUCUGUCUAAUUUCAUCUCUUUAUGAUUUAGCUAUUCAUGAUGAAGCAAUGAGAUUUAUGAAAGGUCAUUUGAAACAAGUUUUUCAAGAUGAAGACAUUUUAACCCUGACACAUGAUUCUGUUUUAUCAUUAUUGAGUGAUGAAACACUGAGCUACGUUUCACAAGAUUCCUUUCUCCAAUUUUUACUACGUUGGCUAAAGUUUGAUAUAGAUAACAGGCGUAAAGAUGCUUUUCAAUUAUUCUUAGCUUUGAAAUUUGAAAAUGUAUCAAAUGAAAGUUUAAAUCAGGUUUUGACAGAUAAUGAAUUAGAUGGACUUUUUCCGACAAAUGAUAUCAAUGCUAUACUAGAGCAAAGGAAUAAUGGAACCAAUCCUAUAUUACAAACCAGUGACAUAGUUAUAUUGGGAGGGGGUGUUUUCUUUGAUAAAUUGAAUUUUGGUCAACCUAAAGAAGUUAUCCUUAGUUCUAGUAGUAAAAAGAUGUAUGCUUUUAAUCUUGAUGAACAGAAAUGGACAAAUCUUUGGACUAUGCCGUUACCUUUAGAACGUCCAGUUAUAAGAGUCAGUGAGGACAGAAGAAUACAUGUGAUGAACCUGUUAGGUCCAGCUAGAUCAGAAUUUAGUUGUUUUAACCGUUAUGAUAUGCAUAUCUUUGAAAUAGCAAGUAAAAGCUGGAAAACAAUUAAAAUAGAGAAAGACCGACAUUUAAUAGGAUUUUAUCUUCAUGAUUUUAUUCUGUGUGGUAAAAGAAUAUUUCUGUUAGGUAGAGGAUUUAAACAGUUUAGCACUACAGAAGAAAGCUGUAAACUGAUGGAAGUCAAGGAUGAUGGUUCAAUUGAAACACAGGUUCUCUUUGAUUGUAAUGCAAAAGAUAAUUUCUAUUGUAGCAACUUAGAUUCUGAAAAGAUUGUAAUAGUAUGUGAAUGGUUUCACAAAAAGACAUUCUCUAUCAAAUAUUACAAUUUGGAUACACAUGCCAUGACUGAACCUACCCGUGCGAAGUCGUGCAGUUCAACUAUUUCAUUCACAAAGAUUUUAAUGUACAAAGGAGAUAUCAUUCAGCUAGAUCUUAAACGGAGAAUGAUGAGGAAAUUUAGCCCAAAUAACAAUACAUGGUUUUGCUACCCUAAGAUCACAACUCCACCUAUCGAAUUGUCAAAAAGUGCAAUGUAUACCUUCUGUAAUGAUAACUUGUAUGUUUUUGGAGGUGACAAGUCUAAGAGUGCAUACAAGUAUAUUUGUAAGAAGAAGAUAUGGGUUGAGCUAGAUGACAUACCAGUGACCACUGGUCUUUACAAUAGUGGUGUCUGUGUGUCCACCGUAGCCUCUGACCUUGUGGCAUGUCAUCCAAACUGUCCACAUUGUUACUAUAAUCCGAAGGAUUCAGGUGUGACUUACGCAGAAAGUGAACAUUCUGAUGCUAGUUAUCGGGACUCUGAUGAUGAUGAGGAUGAAUAUGAUUGGGAUAAUGACUAUGAUGAAGAAGAGGAAGAAUAUUCGAGGAGUUCAGAUUGUGUGUUGAUGUGAAAUAACAUACUGGUAGUUAUUUAUGGAUUUUUUUUAAGUUUUAACAAAAUAGAACUGAAUCAAGUUUUUUGUCACAUGAUCACUAUGAAGUAAUUUUAAACUAGUGCUUUUCUAAAAUAUACAAAAACUUUGAUUAAUCAAAUGUGCAUGAGAAUAACGAAGUGAUGGAUAGACUGUUGUUAAUCAAAUACAGAUUUUUGUUACUUUA